AUGAUGGAGCCUUUACUUUCCAUAUUGAAUAAAGACAUGAAAUCAACAGAAUAUGUAGUUGAAGCAGUUUUGCCAGUACUGAAACUCCUUUCUAUAGCUCUGAUAGGACUACUUCUUUCCCACCCAAAAAUCCAAAUGAUUCCAAAACCUACUCUUAAGCUUCUUAGCAAGCUUGUUUUCUUUCUAUUCUGGCCUUGUUUGAUAUUCACUCACCUUGGUCCGGUCAUAACUGUCAACAAAUUCAUCCAUUGGUGGUUUAUUCCAGUGAAUGUUGUCAUUAGUACAGCCAUUGGUUCCAUAUUGGGGUUCUUAGUGGCAUUAAUAUGCAGGCCACCACCUGAAUUCUUUCGUCUCACCGUGAUCAUGACAGCUUUUGGAAACACAGGAAAUAUUCCUCUCGCAGUUGUUUCAUCAGUGUGCCACAAUGAAGAUAACCCUUUCGGUGAUACUUGUUAUGAUGGAAUUGCAUAUGCAUCUUUCUCCCAGUGGGUUUCUGUUGUUCUUGUUUACACUCUUAUUUAUCACAUGAUGGAGCCACCAAUGGAGUACUAUGAGGUUGUUGAGGAAGGGACUGAUGAGAUUGAGGAAUUGCCUACAGGAAAUGAUAUCAGUACUCCACUUCUUAUUGAAGCUGAAUGGACUGGAAUUGAGGACAGAGAAACUGAACGUUGCAAAACACCAAUUGUUGCAAGCAUUUUUAAUAGCAUCUCCGAUGUAUCUCAAUCUGAUAUUCCGGAUGUUGAAUUGAUUCAAGAGGAAACUCCAUGUAGUCCCAAGUCAUAUAGGUGUUUGGCUGAGCCUAAGGUAGUUAGAAAGAUUAGAAUUGUUGUAGAACAUACGCCGAUCAAUCAAAUUCUUCAGCCUCCACUGGUUGCUACUGUAUUAGCUAUUCUUCUUGGUAUCAUUCCACAAGUAAGAACUAUAGUUUUUGGUUCUGAUGCUCCUCUAGACUUCAUCACAGACAGUAUGGCCAUGAUUUCUGAGGCAAUGGUACCUGCGGUCAUGCUUGUUCUUGGAGGAAUGCUAUGGGAAGGACCAAAUGAGUCUAGACUCGGUAUUCGAACUACCAUUGGCAUCAUUGUUGCUAGGCUUUUGAUACUUCCUUUGGCCGGGAUAGGGGUAAUCUAUUUGGCAGACAAAUGGAAUUUUUUGAUAUCUGACAGUUCAUUAUACAGGUUUGUGCUUUUGCUGCAAUACACAACACCAAGUGCCAUAUUGUUAGGAGCAAUUGCAAGCUUGAGGGGUUAUGCAGUUAGGGAAGCUUCAGCUCUUCUAUUUUGGCAGCAUGUCUUUGCUCUGCUUUCUCUUUCAUUGUAUAUAUUUGUCUAUUUCAAGUUGCUGGUUUCUCUCUUCUAA